GUUAUAAUUGCAAACAUGGACCAAGGAACCAGAGGCGGCCCAGAGGCCCGGGGUCUGUGAGCUGCUGUUUGAGGCUGCAGGACACUGGGUCGCCAUGGGGAUAGCUGCCCUGGGCCUCCUCUGGGCAGUGCUCGUGCCCCCUCUCUCUGUGUUUGGAAUCCCCACCGAGGAGCCCACCUCUGGGGAAGCCGUGGCCUCUAGUUCCCCUGGGCUCUGUCGACGGUGCUGUGACUCUGAGGACCCCCUGGUCCUUGCUGAUGCUGCACAUACGUCCUUGGCCUCUCCGUCUGCCCUCCCGUACAUGCUGCCUGAGGUCAGGCCCUACAUUAACAUCACCAUCCUGAAGGGUGACAAAGGGGACCGAGGCCUGCUGGGCUCGCCCGGGAAGCUGGGCAGGGAGGGCCCCCGGGGGGAGCGCGGCCCCCAGGGCAUCAAGGGCGCCAAGGGGCAAGCAGGCAGCCCUGGCGGCCCGUGCCAGAUGCGCUUCUCAGCCUUCUCGGUGGGCCGCAAGACGGCCCUGCACAGCAGCGAGGGUUUCCAGCCGCUGCUCUUCGACACGGUCUUCGUGAACCCGGACGGGCACUUCAACCUGGCUGCCGGCCACUUCGUCGCCCCCCUGCGCGGCCUCUACUUCUUCAGCCUCAACGUGCACAGCUGGAACUUCAAGGAGACCUACGUGCACGUCGUGCACAACGACGAGGCAGCCGUCAUCCUGUACGCGCAGCCCAGCGACCGCAGCAUCAUGCAGAGCCAGAGUGUGAUGCUGGCCCUGGCACCCGGCGACCGUGUUUGGGCGCGGCUCUUCAAGCGUGAGCGUGAGAACGCCGUCUACAGCGACGACAUCGACACCUACAUCACCUUCAGCGGCCACCUCAUCAAGCCUGAGGACGAUUAGUGCCUCCCAUGGGGCAGCUCUGGCCUGGGGUGGCCACGGGCAGGUCUGUGCCCUGCGGGGCCUCAGUUUGCCUGUCUGUAAAGUUGGCCCUGGGACCUGGCAUUCUGGGCAGGCUUCUCCUCUUUCCUUCCCUCCAUCACCCCUCCCAGUCUGUUCCUGCCUCUCUCCUCUCUUGGACAUUUUCAGAAACCUCCUAAGCUCAAUCUUCUAGAACUUUCCCAACCUUUUAGACCAGCACUUUUCAAACUUGAAUGUGCAUCUGUAUCACCCAGGGAUUGUGUGAAAAUGUUGGUUCUGAUCCAGCAGGUGUGGCGUGGGCCCAGGAUUUUGCAUUUCUAGGACGUUCCUGGGUGAUGCUGGUCUAUGGACCCCACUUGAGUAACCAGGUCCUAUAAUUUUCACAACAUUCUGGAAUCUUCCAAACAUUCUAGAAUCUUCCCAACAUCCUUAAAUUCUCUCACCCUUCUAGGACACCCCCUCCUCUUGUCUCUUGCACCUUCUCCCUUCUCUCUGAGCUCCUGUCUCUGCCCCGACUUGUGCAGCCGCAGUUCAUUUAUUCAGUCAUCACUCACUGAGUGCCCGCUCUGUGCCAGGCUCUGGGAAGGCUGAGGUGAACCAGACACAGGCCCUGCUCUCGGUGAGCACCCAGUCCAGCCAGGGUGGGGAGACACAGAUUCUGAAACCAGACCCAGAGGAACACAUGGGUCUCUGAUCACACAAGUCUGUGUUCUGGGCAUUCAGGCACUGUGGCCCCCCAUUACCCACCACUCCCCAAGGCUGGCAGGAUAGGGUACCCCAGGUGGGGAGUAUCCUCUGCCUGUUCCUUUCUUUUUUUCCCAAUGCCCAUCAUUAAAGCAAACCCAGGGGGGCCUUGG